UAUUAUAAGUAUAAGGUUUUUUUUAUUUUUAAGUAGUAAACACCAUACCAUACUCAUCUCUUGAAAGGCUGAAAAGUGUGAAUAUUAUGUAAUAAUAUUAAUAUUACAUGAUUACGUAAUUAAAUAAGUAGUAGGUAACAUAAUAUGCAUAGGUAUAGUAUUAUUUUAUUCAAUAGGAUUAUAAAAUGUCGAUUGAGCAUGAAAUGAACCUCGAAGAUUUAAUAUCAUUAGUCCAAGAACGUCAGUCUAUUUAUGAUUACAAGAACAAAAAUCAUAGCAACAGAAACAUACAAGAACAAUUAUGGACAGAAAUAUCGGAUAUUCUAAAAGUACCAGCUAAUGAAUGCAAGGCAAAAUGGACCACGCUUCGAAAUUCAUUUUCAAGAGAGCUGCGUCAAAGAAAAUUGCCAUCUGGGUCCGGAGCAUCAUCAAGAAAAAGACAAUGGUAUUUAUUUGAUAAUAUGUUGUUUCUUUCUGAUUACGUGUUGCAACACAAAAAAAUGGAAAGCAAUUUGAGUAGUUCCCAUAUAGAUCACUUAGAAAACGAAAGUUUAGUUGAACAACCUAUAGUGUCAGAUACUGAAAAAAAUUUAGAAACAGCUGAACAAGACGAAGUGCUUUCACAAACAAUAGUUACUGAAGAUGUAGAAAAUGAAAAAUCAAGUAAUGAACCAUUAUUUAAAAAACCAAGAACAAACCGAAAAAUGUUACCCAGUGAAAGAGUGGUGGAACCGAUGUUGGAAUUUAUAAAGACAAGAACUCAACCAAAAAAAAAAUAAUGAGGAUACACCUGAACUUUCUUUUUUAAAAAGUAUUAUUCCAGAUUAUUUAAAAUUAAAUGAUAAAAAUCAACGUCAGUUCAAAAAAAAUAUAUUAAAUACCAUUGAUCAGCUUCUCGACAGCCAAGAAGAUCAUACGUCGUAUGAAAUGCCAGGAUACAAUAAUGUACCACAUACUGAUAUCAUUCAUCAUUUAUCACCAGAUCAGCAUUUAAAUGCAAAUCAUCAACCUCAGCAAUUUAAUGCGAUUCAGUACAUCGCGAGUUCUCCAGAUUUCUCCUCGUCAGAUAGUUCAAGUUCAUAUAAUUUGCAUUAAUACAGUUGAUUUUUCAUUAUAAUAAAUUUUAAUUUUUAGUAUUGUUAAAAACUAAGUAUAAGUAAGUAACCUUA